AGGAAAGGCAGCUUCAGUUCAUUUCAAUUCCUCUCGUUUCCAUUAGAAACCCAAUCGAGAACUAAUGAAACAAAAAAAAUGUCAGAGAAGGAACCACACGUCCCACCGAAACUCUGAAGCUUCAGUCAUAAUAUGCCCUACUCCGCUCUCCUGCGGGGCUACUUCAGAACUGGCCCUUAUCUGAUCAUGACUCUGAGACCAACCGCUUUGCAAUUGUCGUUCAAUUUUUAUCCUCGAAGCCCUAAAACCUUGAAAACUAGUACAGUCUUUGGAGCCAUGAAGGAUCGAGCCCAAGCGUACGGCACUGUCUGCGCUCCCCCACCGUUGAGGUCUGUGAUCACUUCCUCUGCUUCCUCUGACGUACCCACUCGUUUUCUAGACUUUGAUUGGCGGGACAGCCAGGGUCUCGUCUAUAGCCGUAGGGGCAGUUCUUACCCUUACUGGCAGCCGCAGCAGAACUUUCAGUAUGGUCGGUACGCUUACGAUGACUAUUCAGACGAUGACUCUGAACGUGAAAUUGAGCCUUCGUCGCAAGUCGGUGCUUCCACACUUGAUAACAUUAAUGAGUGGAACUGGAAGUUAACCAUGCUUAUUCGCAACAAAGAUGAACAAGAGGUGGUUUCGAGGGAGAGGAAGGACCGGCGUGAUUUUGAGCAACUUGUGGCAUUGGCUAGCAGAAUGGGUUUAUAUGGCCGUCAAUAUGACAAGGUUGUAGUCUUUAGCAAGGUCCCAUUGCCAAACUACAGAUCUGACCUAGAUGAUAAGCGGCCAAAGAGGGAGGUGAUUGUAUCCUUUGAUUUACAAAGAAGAGUGGAUGCCCAACUUAGAGAAUACCUUUCUCGAAAGCGAAUGAAAAGGGAAACUUUUCCAAAUGCAGCCUUUCCAAGAUCAAGCAGCAGUGGCAGUAUUGCAACUGAUGAAGGAUAUUUUGAGCAACCAGAGCCCCAGAUGCCCACUAGUGUCGUCAUGGAGAAAAUCCUUAGACGGAGAAGCUUGCAACUUCGUAAUCAGCAACAAGCUUGGCAGGAAUCUCCAGAGGGACAAAAAAUGUUAGAGUUUCGUCGAAGUCUCCCUGCCUAUAAAGAAAGGGAUGCCUUGUUAACAGUCAUCUCACAGAAUCAGGUUGUUGUCAUCUCAGGAGAAACUGGCUGUGGUAAGACGACACAGCUUCCUCAAUACAUUUUGGAGUCUGAAAUAGAUGCUUCCCGUGGAGCUACCUGUAGCAUUAUUUGUACUCAGCCUAGACGAAUAUCUGCUAUGAGUGUUUCUGAAAGAGUUGCUGCAGAAAGAGGGGAGACAUUGGGAGAAUCUGUCGGUUACAAAGUUCGGCUGGAGGGUAUGAAAGGAAGGGAUACUCGCCUGCUUUUUUGUACCACUGGGAUCCUGUUGAGAAGGUUGUUGGUUGAUAGAAAUUUGAAAGGUGUAAGUCAUGUAAUUGUGGAUGAGAUUCAUGAGCGUGGAAUGAAUGAAGAUUUUCUGCUUAUUGUUCUGAAAGAUCUUCUCCCUCGCCGGCCAGAAUUGAGAUUGAUUUUGAUGAGUGCAACCUUGAAUGCUGAGCUAUUCUCAUCCUACUUUGGUGGGGCUCCAAUGGUACACAUACUGGGUUUUACUUACCCAGUUCAAGCUCAUUUUCUGGAGAAUGUUCUUGAAAUGACUGGGUAUAGAUUGAAUCCAUAUAACCAAACAGAUGAUUAUGGACAAGACAAGAUGUGGAAGAUGCAGAAACAAGCUCUCAGAAAGAGGAAGAGCCAAAUUGCUUCUGUUGUUGAGGAUGCACUUGAAGCUGCUGAUCUUAAGGAGUACAGCCCACAGACCCGGGAGUCUUUGUCUUGUUGGAAUCCUGAUUCUAUAGGCUUUAACCUCAUAGAAAAUGUUCUAUCACAUAUUUGUAGAAAAGAGAGAGCUGGUGCUAUCCUGGUAUUUAUGACUGGGUGGGAUGACAUAAAUGCUCUGAAGGAGCAGCUCCAAUCUCAUCCUUUUUUGGGAGAUCCAAGCAGAGUUCUGUUGCUUGCUUGCCACGGUUCCAUGCCCAGCGCAGAGCAGAGGUUAAUAUUUGAAAAGCCUGAAGAUGGUGUGAGGAAAAUAGUGCUUGCUACCAACAUGGCUGAGACAAGUAUCACCAUUAAUGAUGUGGUUUUUGUUGUUGAUUGUGGAAAAGCGAAAGAGACAUCAUAUGAUGCGUUGAAUAACACACCAUGUUUGCUGCCUUCAUGGAUUUCUAAAGCUGCUGUUCGACAAAGAAGAGGAAGAGCUGGUCGUGUUCAACCUGGAGAGUGUUACCAUCUUUAUCCCAGAUGUGUGUAUGAUGCUUUUGCAGAUUAUCAAUUGCCAGAACUCUUAAGAACACCUUUGCAAUCACUUUGUCUGCAAAUCAAAAGUUUACAACUUGGAAGCAUUUCUGAGUUCCUUUCUAGGGCUUUGCAGUCUCCGGAACUACUAUCGGUCCAAAAUGCUAUUGAGUAUUUGAAAAUCAUUGGUGCUCUAGAUGAAAAUGAGAAUCUGACUAUCUUAGGACGGCACUUGACAAUGCAUCCGGUGGAACCCAAGCUUGGGAAGAUGCUUAUAUAUGGGGCUAUAUUCAACUGCUUAGAUCCGAUACUAACUGUUGUUGCUGGUCUUAGCGUGAGGGAUCCAUUUUUAAUGCCAUUUGACAAAAAGGAGCUUGCAGAGGCUGCACGAGCCCAGUUUUCUGCUCAGGAUUACAGUGACCAUCUUGCUCUUGUUCGAGCCUAUGAGGGUUGGAAAGAUGCUGAAAGAGAGCAAUCUGGAUACGAGUACUGCUGGAAGAAUUUUCUCUCUGCACAGACACUAAAAGCUAUUGAUUCCCUUAGGAGACAGUUCUUUUCUUUGCUCAAAGAUACUGGUCUGGUUGAUUACAACACGGACAAUUGUAAUGCAUGGAGCCACGAUGAGCACCUCAUCCGAGCAGUCAUCUGUGCAGGUUUAUUUCCUGGGAUCUGUUCAGUUGUGAACAAGGAAAAAUCUAUAUCAUUGAAGACAAUGGAGGAUGGUCAGGUCCUUCUAUACUCGAACACGGUCAAUGCCCGAGAAUCAAAAAUUCCAUAUCCAUGGCUAGUUUUCAAUGAGAAGGUGAAAGUAAACUCAAUUUUCCUACGAGAUUCGACAGCUGUAUCAGAUUCGCUGGUUCUCCUCUUUGGGGGAAACAUCUCUAGAGGGGGACUUGAUGGACACCUGAAAAUGUUGGGAGGCUACUUGGAGUUCUUCAUGAAACCUGCAUUAGCUGAUACAUAUCUAAACCUGAAGAGAGAACUUGAUGAACUUGUUCAAAAUAAACUUCUGAAUCCCAAGAUGGACAUUCGCACGCAUGAGGAACUGUUAUCAGCAGUGCGGUCGCUGAUUUCAGAGGACCGAUGUGAAGGAAGGUUUGUCUUUGGCCGUCAGCCCCCGACACCAUCAAAAACUGCAUCAUUGUCACCACCACAGAAGUUUUCAAGGAGUCGCAAUGGGCCUGGAGGUGAUAAUUCCAAGAGCCAGCUGCAGACAUUGUUAACCCGGGCUGGUCAUGAAGCACCUACUUAUAAGACAAAACAACUUCAGAACAACCAAUUUCAAACCACUGUGGAGUUUAAUGGGAUGCAGUUUAUGGGGCAGCCUUGUCAGAACAAGAAGCUUGCAGAGAAGGAUGCUGCAGCUGAGACUUUGGAAUGGUUGACGGGUGGGACUCAAUCGAGUCGAGAAGACAUUGACAAUAUGUCAAUGCUGCUGAAGAAAAGCAAGAACAAACAUCACAGGAGAACGUAAAUGUGUUACAAUAGUAGAGCUAAGACAUUCAAAGGGCGGAAUUAUUGUAAUUACAGG